UCAGGGCAGGGUUCCACCAGAUUUCCUGGAAGUUUAAAGCAAUAUGAAGUACAAUGAGCUGAUAACUACUAACAACAUGGUAACUGCAGCUACCGGAGCUACAGCCAUCUAUUUGGUGUCGAAGGCCCUCCUAGCAAUUCUAAGAAGCCCCCCCUACAGCCGUGAUUCACUGAACUUUGCCAGGUUAUCUACAGACUCUUUCUAUACUCCAUCUGUAAAAGCAAGCGUUCCAGGAGAGCUCAGUCGGCUUCUGAUGUCCCUCAGUCCGAGCCUAGAUGAUGACACCAAGAGGAUGACACUUCAUAAUAUUGCUCAGUGUAUCUACUUGAAGGAACCUGAGGCAAGUGGUUGCACCAAUGAUGACAUAAAAUUAGUGGCCUCUUUCCUGGAUGAUACGGAUAAAGAAACUAAAACUGAGACCCUGAAUGUCUUCAAAGCUUUCGCUACCAUCUGGAAGUUUAAAAUCAAAAUCCAGGAAUACAUCCCCCAAAUUAUCGAGAUUGUGACAAGCAACUGGGACAACAAGAUGCAACUUGCUGGUUUGCAGCUGCUGAAUGGGUUGCACUUACCAGAUUACACACACACAUUAUUGACAACGCGGCUUACAAACUUUAUGGACAUUCUGCUCACAGCAAACACCCCGACCAAGAUACAAGUCCUCAAAUUUCUUGGUACACUCAUUGAAAAGGAAGACUUGCUAUAUGACAUCCUGAAUUGUCAGGUGCCUGCUGACUUCCUGAACCUCUUCCAGACAUCUCAACCUGGGAAUCUGCUUUAUGAGAUGUUAGUAUUUGUGGAACGACUUAGUGAAGGGCGCCAGUCUCCGCAGUACCAGUCAAUGCACUGGGACUAUAACAAAAACUCCCUCCAUGAAAUCAUCUUUGGUGACAAUUCCCGCCUUUCUGAGCGCUUGCUGGCUCUUAUUGUCCAUCCUGAAGAAGAUGUGCAGACUCAGGCUUGCAAAGUGAUCCUCAGCCUGAAGAUUAACAAGGAAGAAAGCAGGAUCAGUAGUGGACAUAUUCUCGGGUCUGAGCUUAAUGUUUACCCUCUUGAAUCCACCAGAGAAAGCCAGAUUGCCGAUGCCUCCCUUAUUAGCCAGCCUUUAAUCUCAACUACUGAGCCUUCAUCUGAUGCUCCUCACAGUGAAAGUGGUGUCAGCUUUCACCCUCUCUCGGGCACCAAUGAGACUAGUCGUGGCAGCUUUCACCCUCCCCUGGGCACCAAUGAAACUAGUCGUGGAAGCUUUCACCCUCCCCCGGGCACCAAUGAGACUAGUGUUGCCAGCUUUCACUCUCUCUCGGACACCAAUGAGAUUAGUCGUAGCAGCUUUCACCCUCUCCUGAGCACCAAUGAGACUAGUCGUGGAAGCUUUCACCCUUCCCCGGGCACCAAUGAGACUAGUGUUGCCAGCUUUCACUCUCUCCCGGACACAAAUGAGAUUAGUCAUGGCAGCUUUCACCCUCUCCUGGACACCAAUGAGACUAGUCGUGGCAGCUUUCAUCCUUCCCCAGGCACCAAUGAGACUAGUGUUGCCAGCUUUCACUCUCUCCCAGACACCAAUGAGAUUAGUAGAGGCAGCUUUCACCCUCCCCCAGGCACCAAUGAGACUAGUGUUGGCAGCUUUCACCCUCUCCCGGGCACCAAUGAGACUGGCCAAAGCUUUCAUCCCCUUGAGAGAGCUGAUCAUAGUUUCCACCCACUUCCGAAUGCCACUGUGGAGAGCAGUGGUGAGCAUGUCCUGGAGGAACCCAUGGAUACUUUUCACUCUCCCCCAGUUGCUGGGUCAGAAGAAAGUGACAACAGCAUUUGAAGGGGGCAGUUGUACAGAGGAAAAAAGAGACUAAUAAAAUGGGUUGGCAAACAGAGGAGAAUGCCUUUCUGUUUCUCUGCAAAAAGAAGAAAAAUACAAAAGAGGCUGAUAUUCCUGUCUCUCCCAAAUCAGCCCUUGUCUGAACAGUUUAAAAAAUCAGUCCCUUUUCUGUCACUGAGAUGGUGAGUACUGACAGAUGCAAGCAACUUAAACCACUCAUAAAUAGUCUCAAACAGAAACUUUAUUUUUAGUCACCUACAUAUGUUACAAGAAACUCACUAGACUGACUGCAUUUCCUUGAGAACAGACAAAUGAGGCAUUAGGGAUUCUGGGGCAGGUCAGGCCUAUGCUGCUUUCUGCAAUGCAAAGACUCUGAAUUUAUACCCUUCUUAACAUUUCCCUCCAUUCUAGCUGGAGAUUCCACCACAAAUAAUAACCACAUCCUUUCUAUCAUGUAUUGGAGCAUUGUAAACAGCCCUUCAGUGAUUUCCCUCCAAAACUACAUUCAUAUAUUACACCUUGCUAAAAUUUGGUUGGCUUAGCAUAUGGUAGCAAAGUUAAUUGAGCAAAUGCCCUCCCCUUUCAAACUGUUUAAAAUUGCUUAAGAGUUGGAAACAGGAAAAAACCCCAACUGAAGAAGAACUAAUAGAUAAAAUCUUAGAAUGCGCUAAAAUGGACAGAUUAACAAAAGAAAUUAAAGAAAAAGAAGAGACAGACUACUACAGAAUAUGGAACAAAUGGUAUAACUGGCUUAACACCAUCAAUAAAGAAAAAUAAAUGCAA